UCCUUCAACUGUCCACAUCUCCACAUCUUCGGCACAAAAGUCUUUCAGACACCCGACACUCACUCACUUACACACUCGGUACCACACCAACACCAACACACACCCAUCGCCAUGUUCACCAAGGUCAUCUUCGCUGCCCUCGCUGCCCUCUCUGUCGUCUCUGCCGCCCCCUCUUCCGAGAAGCGAGACCAGUCUACCGGUACCGCCACCUACUACACUGCCAACGGCGACGGCGCCUGUGGCUGGGCCAUCACCGACGACCAAGAACUCGUCGCCGUCAACUCUGCCCAGUACGACUCUUCCAAGUGUGGCCAGAAGAUCUGGGUCUGGAACGCUGCCACCCAGCGAAUCGCCUUUCCCACCGUCGCCGAUGAAUGCCCUACCUGUAGCUCUGGUGACCUCGACAUGUCCGGCACUCUCUUUUCCUACCUUGCUGAUGGCGACAUGGACCAGGGUGUCUUUGACAUGAAGUGGGGUUACUUCUAAACUCCUCCACCCCGCAACAUCAUCCAUCUUCUCUUUCGUUAUCCCUUUAGUCUUCUAUCAGAACGUUUCUCAAUGGGCAUUUGGUUUCCUAGCUAUAUAGUCUGGUACUAACUAUUAUCGCACUUGGGUCCCGCGGGCCACACACAACUUUCCGACUCUAGAAGUCACCUGUAUCAAAUUCACGCUCUUUGUAACGACGUUGAUCCGUCCUUUUUAAUGCCCAUUAUGAAUAUUCUCAUGACUAAAGA